AGGAGGUACGUGGCGCUGCCGGGGGAGUGGAGCAGCGUAGGACUCUUCCUCCGACAUCUCCCAAGGCCCCGCACACACAAAAGGGCGCGGGCUUCCACGUGGACUCUGUCAUUGACCAAAACAAUUUGUGUGCGCGUGGAACCCGCGGCGGCUCGUGGCUGACGUUGCGCAGUGCGGACACUCCGUGCGUUGCGAGCGUAGCGGGACAGCGGCAUUCUUCCUCUCUUUAUACCCACUCUCAAUUCUCUUUCUCUCUCUCCCUGAAGAUUAAUACACACAUUGUUGGGCAGACUUUGUUCCAAUAUGCUGAAAGGCGUACCAGCUGUGCCUCACCUGGAGAGCCUCAUCCCACGGCUCACGUGUCUCUGCCUGCUGGCGCACCUAUGCCUGGGCGCCCGGGUGCCAGGGGCUACGAGAGAGGAGUCCGGUCUGGUUAACCCCCUCGGAGCCGGGGAAGAGGAGCGCAGGUUGCUGCAGAGUUACAUUCAAGCCCAUCUCAAAGAGGGUGAAGGAUCGGAUGUCAGCACAUGGGAACAAGCUGUGUUCUUCCUGUUUCAUCUGUAUGAUUUUGAUCGAAGCGGACACAUCGAUGGCCUAGAGAUGAUGAAGCUACUGUCAGACUACAAUUCUCACGCACCACGUGAAGCAAGUUCUAAUGAGCCGAUUGUAACCAUGGUAGAUUUCUUACUCAAGACGAGGGAUCUGAACCAGGAUGGGCUACUGGCUCCCUCUGAGCUGCUAUCUUCACCCUUGCCUUACAUUCAGGAUUCUGACGACGAGGCUUUGCAGCAAGGGGAAGUGGCGGUCGAGGAGAAGCUGGUGGCGCCUGAAGACAGCUUGAAGACAGGAGGUGAAGAGCUGAAGAAGGAGGCGGAGGAGGAGGAGAUUCAGCCAGGAGGAGAGCAUGAAGAUAACACUCACCGGGAGAAAGAGGUCGGGCAUAAGGAAGAAGUGCCCCUCGAUCAGGUUUUAGAGGACAACGAAAGGGAACAGAAGGAACUUGAUGAACUACAAAUCCAAAAAGCCCCUGCUCCAGUGGAACAGGGCGAGGGACCACAACAAGGAGUAUUAGUGCACCAUGGACAACCAGAGAUGUGAACAAGAACUAACACGCAAGGACCCAAACACACCUAGCCUAGCUCUGCCCUGAAGAAUUAGCAGAAUGAAUAAAGUGUAAGCUUUCUGUGACUCAAGGGACAACAAUCACAAUAACAAGUCCUUUAGUGCUUCUGGUCCAUCAGGUAGACAAACGGACACUGAGUUGUUCCUCAUAACGAUGGUGCCGAGACAAGAGCUAAUUCACUAGUUCACAGGUUUGGUGUAUAGAUAGAUACUCUUCAUUAUUAUGUCUCCAUCAGAGAUGGAAUAAUAAACAAUCAUUAAAUUAAGUAAAUCUCAAUUUGUUAUGGUAAAUUACGGUUAAACCAACAUCACAAAACAAGCAAUGCAAUAUUUGUACCCUUAAGAAAAUAGUUUUUAAGAUCCUAAAAAUGAGGGCGUAAUUUAGGAAUAUAAUUGAACUUAAUUAUGCCUGUUUAUGUCCAUACUUUUGUUAAUAAAAGUUUAUUUUGGAAAAUAAUGAUGUCUUUCUGUAAUAAAAUAUAUUUAAAACCCUU